GGCAACGCGCUGUUCCAGGCCGGGGACCACGGCGCGGCCCUCGCCGCGUACACGCAGGCGCUGAGUCUCUGCGAGGACGGGUCGGAGCGCGCCGUGCUGCACCGCAACCGGGCCGCCUGCUACCUGAAACUGGAGGACUAUGCCAAGGCGGAGGCUGACGCAACCAAAGGGCGGCUGGGACGCCUGGACCAGGCUGUGGGAGACCUGCAGCGCUGCGUCAGCCUGGAGCCCCGGAACAAGGCCUUCCAGGAGGCCCUGCGUGCCCUGGGGAGCACCAUGCACGAGAAGAUGAAGACCAUGUCCUGCACGGACUCAAAGGUGGAGCAGAUGUUCCAGAUCUUGCUGGAUCCUGAAGAAAAGGAUGUGGACAAGAAGCAAAAGGCUGCACAGAACCUGAUCGUGCUGGCUCGGGAGGAGGCUGGAGCAGAGAAGAUCUUCCAAAGCGACGGUGUGCGGCUGCUGGCGCAGCUGCUGGACACGGCCCAGGCCGACCUGAUGCUGGCAGGCCCGCGCACCCCUGUGGGGCUGUGCUCCGGCCACCGCUCGCGGACCACAGCCAUCCUGGCGGAGCUGGAGGCCCCACGUCUCUCGGCGGUGCUGGGCGUGGAGCACGAGCAGGUUUCCCUGGCAGCCUGCAACCUCCUGCACACCAUGUUUGAGUCCUUGAAGGAGGGGCUGCAGAAGGACUUCCGUGGCAAGGAGGAUGCCGUGGUGCUGGAUACUUCCAAAGACCUGAAACUACUGAUCAAGCACCUCCUGGAGCUGCUGGAGCUGGAAGGAGCCUCUGCCCAUGGCCGUGACAACGCACUCAACCUGCUCAUCAAGGUGGUGCCCAGGAAGUCACCGAAGGAGCCCAGCAACAGCCUGAGCCUCUGGGUGAUUGACCAAGGCCUGAAGAAGAUCCUGGAGGUGGGAAGUACAGUGUGUGGCACCCCAGGCAGCCUGCCCGUGACAGAGAACAGCCGGAUGAGCGCCUCAGUCCUGCUCAGCAAGCUGUAUGAUGACCUGAAGUGUGAUGCUGAGAGGGAGAACUUCCACCACCUGUGUGAGGACUACGUGAGGAGCUGGUUUGAGGGGCAGGAGCUGUCUGGGAAGCUGCGGGCCAUCCAGGCGGUGUCCUGCCUGCUGCAGGGCCCCUCGGACGCUGGGAACAGGGUUCUGGAGCUGGAGGGGAUCAUGGACAGCGUGCUGUCCCUCUGCGCCUCGGUGCGGGAGGCGCACCAGCUGGUGGCGGUGGAGGCGCUGAUCCACGCGGCCGACAAGGCCAAGCGCGCCUCUUUCAUCACGGCCAACGGCGUCUCCCUGCUGAAGGACAUCUACAAGCACAGCGACAGGGACAGCAUCCGCAUCCGCGCCCUGGUGGGGCUCUGCAAGCUGGGCUCCGCUGGAGGCACCGACUUCAGCAUGAAGCAGUUCGCCGAGGGCUCCACCAUGAAGCUGGCCAAGCAGUGCCGCAAGUGGCUCUGCAAUGAGGCCAUCGACGCGGGCACGCGGCGUUGGGCUGUGGAGGGCCUGGCCUACCUCACCUUCGACGCAGAUGUCAAGGAGGAGUUUGUGGAGGACAAGGCAGCCAUGCAGGCCAUGUUCCAACUGGCCAAGUCAGAGGACAGGAGUGUGCUCUAUGCCGUCGCCUCCACGCUCGUGAAUUGCACCAACAGCUACGACCAUGAGGAGCCAGACCCCCAGAUGCUGGAGCUGGCCAAGUAUGCCAAGCAGCACAUUCCUGAGCAGCACCCGAAGGACAAGCCGGACUUCGUGAGGCGCCGUGUGCGGAAGCUGCUGGCGGCAGGGGUGGUGUCUGCCCUGUCCUGCAUGGUGAGGAGCGAGAACCCGGCGCUCACCAGCUCCUGCCGGGAGCUGAUCUCCAGGGUGUUCCUGGCGCUGGUUGAGGAGGCAGAGGACCGGGGCGGUGUGGUUGCACAGGGAGGAGGCAAGGCUCUCAUCCCACUGUCCUUGGAGGGCACUGAGGUGGGGCAGACCAAGGCAGCCCAGGCCCUGGCAAAGAUCACCAUCACCUCCAACCCAGAGAUGGCCUUCCCUGGAGAGCGAAUAUACGAGGUGGUCCGUCCCCUGGUGAGCCUUCUGCACCUUCAGCGCACAGGCCUGGAGAACUUUGAGGGGCUGAUGGCAUUAACCAACUUGGCUGGCAUCAGCGAGAGGCUGCGGCAGAAGAUCCUGAAGGAGAAGGCUGUGCCCAUGAUCGAGGGGUACAUGUUUGAGGAGCAUGAGCUGAUCCGGCUGGCUGCCACAGAGUGCAUGUGCAACAUGGCCAUGAGCAAAGAGGUGCAGGAGCUGUUCCUGGCCGAGGGCAGUGACCGGCUGAAGCUGCUGGUGCUGUACAGCGGGGAGGAGGACGAGAAGCUGCGUCGAGCAGCCUCGGGGACCCUGGCCAUGCUGACCGCCCUGCACCCCCCCAUCUGCAAGCGGAUCCCCCAGGUGACAGUGCACUGGCUGGAGAUCCUGCAGGCCCUGCUGCUGAGCCCCAGUGUCGAGCUGCAGCACCGCGGGGCUGUGGUGGUGAUGAACAUGAGCAAUCAGGAGGUGGCUGAGCAGCUCAUGGCCAGCGAGAUGCUGGAGAUCCUCUCUGUGCUUGCCAAGGACAAGGACAAGCCCCGCGUGGCCCAGGCUGCCAAGGAGAGCCUGGCACAGGCCGUGGCUUAUGGCAUCAUCAAGCCCAACCCCAGCCAGGAGUGA